AUGGAUAUUAAAAAUAAAGUGGCUGUGAUUACUGGAGGUGCUAUAGGCAUCGGCUAUGAAAUAGCCGAUAGGUUCCUUCAUAAAGGUGCAUGCGUAGUAAUUUUGUUAGAUAUAAACGAAAAACAUGGUGAUGCUGCUGUUAAGAAGCUGACCUCAAAGCAUGGAAAUAACCGAGCUGUGUUCUACAAAUGCAAUGUUACAACUGAUUUAGAAGCCGUAUGGAUGAAUGUCGUCAAGAAAUAUCCUUCCAUCGACAUACUUGUCAAUAACGCUGGAAUUCUAAAUGAUAAACUAGCGAAAAAGACGAUAGAUAUUAACGUAACAGCAUUGAUUGAAUGGUCUUUGAAAUAUUGGGAGCACAGUCGCACAGACAAAUCGGGUAAAGGUGGAACAAUUAUCAACCUGGCUUCCAUAUACGGGUAUAGAGUGGACCAGUUCUUGCCUGUGUAUCAAGCAUCAAAAUUUGCUGUUAUGGGCUUCACAAAGUCCUUGGGACACGCAUACAACUUCAAGCGAUCCGGAGUAAGGGUAAUGGCAAUUUGCCCCGGUUUUACGCACACUAACCUUGUCGAAGAAGUGCAUACUUUUGAUGAGGUUAUAAAAAAAGACGUUAAGGCAUUUCUAAAGGAUCAACUUUGGCAAAAUGUGGAUUCUGUUGGAAAUGCAGUCGUUGAUGUGGUUGAAAAGGCAGCAAGUGGUACAGCUUGGUUAAUAGAAGGUGGGAAACCUAUAAAAGAGGUGUAA